AUGGACAGACCACAGCAGGAUCUGGCGGACUGACAGAAGGGAAGUUUAACAUACAGAUAUCGUAACCACUGAAAUUAGCCAUUAAGGGGGAAGCCAGGAGUCAGCAGGCUUUUCUUUUUUUUUUUUAGGAGGUGGAUAUAUAAAGAAGAAACACAGAGGAAUCUGUUCAUGUAGAAAUACCUCACAAUCCAGUCUGACAUCAGAGUGUGUGCUGAUGAGAAGUCCUCAAGGGGCUCUUGAAUUUAUUUUUUUUCUGAGGUGAUUUUCAGCUUCUGACUUGUGCCCGCCUCGUUAUUUAACAGGACACCUCAGGUUCUGCAUCAAAGCAUCUGCAGUGAGAGGUGCAUGUUUUAAAGCCUCUUUAACCUUCUCCAUUUGGCUGGUGGGCGUCUGGGUUGCUGCGACAGGUUACGUCUGGCUCACACACUCUCACACACACACACACACACACACACACACACACACACACACACACACACACACGCUCUUUACUGUGCAGCUGGAAAGAUCAAGAGUUUGUGUUACACAUACCUGCACUGAGAGGACUGAGAGUGUGUGUGUGGUCUGAGGGACUCAGCUGGUCUGGGAGUCAGAGAGGCAGCCACCUCUAAGUGCUUUCGGCAAGAAGAAAAAGGAGACAAGUUCAUACUGCAGAGUGCUUCUCACAGACUGCGGGCAGAGCCAAGGGAUAAUGAUGAAGAUUAAACGGACUCUGUGUAGAUUCUCCUGUUUGGUGACUCUGUUGGUGGAGCUGAGCUGGAUAAACGUGGGCCACAGCAUGCACACAGAGGGAGGAAGUAGGCAGGAAGCGAAGCAGUGGGAAAGGAAGGUGCGGUCAGCCUCCAGCCUGGAUGAACUGUUGAGGCUCGCAGACUUUCCAGACUGGAAGUUGUGGAAGUGUCGUCUGAGACUGCAGCAGCCAGAGACCCUCUCUUCUCCACCUUCAGUGGGCUCACACCGCUCGACACGCUACGCUGCCGAAUCUUACAGCCUGGAGAUACUCAAAGCCAUAGAUGAAGAGUGGCAGCGGACUCAGUGCAUGCCGAGGGAAACAUGUGUCGACGUGGCCAAGGAGCUUGGCACCGACCCCUCAAUGUUCUUCAAGCCACCUUGUGUGUCCGUCCACAGGUGCAGUGGCUGCUGCAACCAAGAAGGAGUCACCUGCAGAAACACAACGACUGUAUAUGUGAAUAAAACUGUCCUGAGUGUGAUUCCCUUCAAGUUUGUACCCGAGCCCGUGCUAAUAAAAGUAGCUAAUCAUACAGAGUGCCGGUGCAUGGAGCCUGCCAUAAUACGACGUAAUGCUGAACCUCAGGGGAGCAGUGGCUGCUCUCCGAUGGGCCAGCUGUCAGAGGCAGAGGACUCAAGGAGACUUUGUGCCAGUGGGCUGAUUUGGGAUUGUUCAUCUGACAGAUGCAUACCUUACCCUUCCAGCACAGAAGAGUUACCACUCAGUUCAUGGAUGCCUGACUGUGAGAUAGACGUCGAGCGCUGUGACUGUCUUCCCAGACCUGUGCCGACGCUGCAGCCGAGACUGAUCCAUCGCUGUCAUCUCAACUCUUCCAUCUGCGCCCAGAGAAAUCAACGUUUUCAUCAAGCCUCCUGCAGAUGCAAAUGAUCCAUGUAGAAGUCCACAGGGGGGAAAAUUACGACAACCUGCUCACCAAGGAUGUUUGGAGGCAGAGAAAAAAGGCUCAUAAUUUAUUUACAGUCCUAUUUAUGCCGAUCGCUUUAACUAAUUAAGAAGAUAUUAACUCACAUGACCAUGUUAAUUGAUUUUUUAACAUGUUUACAUUUUAUUUCAAUCAAUGUUUAAAGUUUAUGAUUUGUACCUUUGUUCUUUGUGCACUGAAUAUGUAGUUUACAUUAAAAGAUUAUUUUUAUAAUUUGAAUCUGCGAUGAAUUUAUGGAUUAUUGCUUAUCUUCUGAUGGAUGCACUGUUUUUUAAUCUUCAUGAAUCAAUUUUCU